CGCCACAGUGUGGCUCUGCCUCCCUCCCUCUGCACUCUGCUUCUGUCGGCAGCUGCUUUCACUCUUCCCACUUUCUCCUCCUGUCUGCUCCUCGGAGCGCUGCUGCCGCUGACCCUGGAUUCAUCUGGCAUUUGUCAACUGAAACAGGAUGAAAGACGUUUUUUGCUUCGUAUUUCCUAUUUGGUCAUACCUUCUGUGUCUUCUAUCAGGAGGCACAUGUUCAGAAGCAGAGCACAAGCUCUUCUCUGUGAUAUUCUCCAACUACAACCAGUACAUUCGACCUGUAGAAAAUGUGUCUGACCCAGUUAUUGUGCAGUUUGAGGUGUCCAUGUCACAGCUGGUCAAAGUGGAUGAAGUCAAUCAGAUCAUGGAGACCAAUCUGUGGCUAAGACAUAUCUGGAAUGACUACAAACUCAAAUGGAACCCAAAAGAUUUUGGAGGCGUUGAGUUUAUCCGUGUGCCAUCCAGCAGGAUAUGGAAGCCAGACAUUGUGCUGUACAACAAUGCAGUUGGAGAUUUCCAGGUUGACGACAAAACAAAGGCUCUGCUUCGCUACAACGGUGACGUCACCUGGAUCCCUCCAGCCAUAUUUAAGAGUUCCUGCAAGAUCGAUGUCACAUACUUCCCCUUCGACUACCAAAACUGCACAAUGAAGUUUGGCUCCUGGACCUACGACAAGGCCAAGAUUGACCUGGUGCUGAUUGGCUCAACUAUCAACCUCAAGGACUUCUGGGAGACUGGCGAGUGGAUAAUCAUUGAUGCCCCUGGAUACAAACAUGACAUUAAGUACAACUGUUGUGAGGAGAUCUACACAGAUAUCACGUACUCUUUGUACAUCCGCCGUCUGCCGCUCUUCUACACUAUCAACAUGAUCAUCCCCUGCCUCCUCAUCUCCUUCCUCACUGUGCUCGUCUUCUACUUGCCUUCUGAUUGCGGUGAGAAAGUCACACUGUGUAUCUCCGUCUUGCUGUCUUUGACUGUCUUCCUCCUCGUCAUAACAGAAACAAUCCCAUCCACCUCGCUAGUCAUACCCUUGAUCGGUGAAUACCUCCUCUUCACCAUGAUUUUUGUCACCCUUUCUAUUGUCAUUACUGUUUUUGUGUUGAAUGUCCACUACCGCACACCAAAGACUCACACUAUGCCCUGCUGGGUGCGCAGCGUGUUCCUGGGACUGCUUCCCAGGGUGAUGUUCAUGACCAGGCCAGAGAAGGACCCUGAAAAUGUGACUGUGGCUGGCAGUGUUCAGGCGACGCAUUCGAGACCGUGUGCCAUUCAUUCCACAGGUACUCUGCAGAAGCAGCACAAACCUCAGGGCCUGACCACCAGUGUGGUGUCCACCCUGACCAACCGCCAGCGGCUUCUUAACAACACAGAGCUCUCCAAUCUCAAUAACUUGAGCGGAGACUCAACCAAAUGUACCGGCUCUGGGUUCUUGUGCUGCGAAGGCCGUUGUAACUGCUGCUGGCAGAAGAGAUCCAGUAAACUGCCUGCAGACUCUGGAGGAGGGAGCGGAGGAUUGGGCAGCCUGGGGACCCUGACUGGAGGUGGAGCCGUUGGGGUCGGAGGGAGCAGUCAGUGCUCCAGCUCCGAGUCUCUGGAUGGAGGAAUGUUGUCUCUGUUGCCACUCUCCCCUGAGGUCAGGGAGGCUAUUGAGAGUGUUAAAUACAUUGCAGAGAAUAUGAGACUACAGAAUGAAGCAAAGGAGGUUCAGGAUGACUGGAAGUAUGUUGCCAUGGUUAUUGACAGGAUCUUCCUAUGGGUUUUUGUUCUCGUGUGCAUCCUGGGAACAGCUGGCCUCUUCCUCCAGCCUCUAUUACUCGGGGAGGACAUCUGAUUCAGUUUGACAAACCUAAUACUCCAGACUGUUGAACUGCUCACCAUUCGUUACACAUAAGAGUCUGGCCGUGGCUUACAGAGAGUAAAUACAGAGUGGGGCCAAAGUCAAGGAGAAAGGAUGGCCGUGGUUCAGAGACUUCUUUUUUCCCCCCGCUGAAAUAAUUUUCUGGACUCCUGAAUGCUAAGUACAUGACUGACCAAAAAUGGACAGUGGUUAUCCUGCAAUUCAGAUGACUUUCACCUGACUAUGCUACCUGAAAAAAAUAUGAUGAUCUGAUAUGCUGUCAAAGUCAGAGGUAUGACUGGGAAAUUUGGGCUAAUUUCAUACAAUUCACUGUGAGUCAGAUCCUGUAAUUAUUCAAUAUAGCGGCAUCCACAGAAUUGAACAUUACUUGGAUAUCUUAAGUGAAAAUGACACUUGAAACAUGUUACCUCAAAGGGUAAUCCAACUAAACUGAUGAAAAAUAAUGUAUAUGACAGCCUCUUACAUCUAUUGUUUAUUCUCCUCUGUUUCUUGGACAUAUCUAAUUAAGCUCUGCUGACAAAACAAAUAUUCAUGUACUACCAGCCAUAAUAUCAGCUUUGUUAAUGGAUUACAUUUGCCUCUGUGAGUCAUGAAAAUCUUCAGUCACAGAAUCUUCAGCUUGAAAAUUUCUGGCCCCUGACUUGAAUGGAACGCAGCGUUAGUCACCGCAGUGCAGACUUGCAAUAGGUUGUAAUAUAAUCCAAAACACCAAGGUAAUACCAAGUUUUUAAAAAAUCUGUUAUUGAUGAAUAAAUAAUGGAUAAAGUGAUUAAAGUCACAAAAUUUAAGCACAUUAAGCAAAGGUGCACAUGAAUAAACACACGUUGUCAGAAAGUUCAACAUUUGAAUUAUUCCUGUUAAGUCCAUAUUAAGUGGCAUGCCAGAAGUAUUUAUAGUACAGUGCAAAUGUUUGUGCAAAAAUAAUACAUGCUAACGGCAUACAAAGUAAAUAGAACAUCAAGUAAACAUCUUAGAAAACUCACUACAGUUCCUCUGUUGAUUUAGACUGUGAAUGUGCCUUGUGUCUCUUCAUGUAAUCUCAGACUGACUCCAUGAUGUUGUGAUCAGGGCUUUGUUGGGACCACACCAUCUGUUGCAGGAUUUUUUGUUGUUCUUGUCUCGCACAAGGAAGUGCUCUGUAACUCUGGAUGUAUGUUUGAGGGCACUGUUUGAUGGAAUAUAUAUACAGUAUAUGUAUAUGUUGGUGUGUGAUAAAAGGGUAUCAGCAACAAUGACAGGAAAGGAGUACAAAACGGUGGUGAGACCAGCAAUGUUAUGUGGUUGAGAGACAGUGGCACUGAGGAAAAAACAGGAGGCAGGAUUGGAUGUAGCAAAGACUAAACUGUUGUGGUUUGAGAGUGAUCGGGAUGGAUAGGACCAGGGAUAAGUGCAUACAGUACACAUGUUAGAUGUUUUGGAGAUAAAGCCAGAGAGGCCAGACUGAGAUGGUUUGGACAUGUAUAGAGGAAGGACAGUGAGUACAUCGGUAAAAAAUGCUGAGUGUUGAACUCCCAGACAGGAGGCCUAAAUAAAGACAAAAGAGGAGGUUUAUGGAUGUAGUGAAAGAGGACAUGAAGUUAGCUGAUCUGAGAGAAGAGGAUGCAGAGGAUAGGGUUAGGUGGCGAUCCCUGAAGAGAAAAGCUGAAAGGAAAGAAGAUUUUUAAACACUACAUGUCAAACUGUAAAACGUUUAAUGUGGAUUUCCUUGUCUAUGAGAACCUAGCACUGAUGCAGGUGGUGUUAAAAGAGUGGCACCAUGUGGCAGUUUUUGGUUACUACAAGCGACUUCCUGGCUAUUUCAGAAUAAUACGUCACCUACUUUGUCCUCCCAAUUGAUGUUGCAACCUCACUCAUUGUCACUUGUAAAAUUUUAUGAAAUUGUGUACUGAUAAUGAUAGUUCAAAUUUCUCAAAUGCAUUAAGAGAGCUGUAGUUCAAUUUUGACAAUGUUUCCUUCUGAGCAGUGUGAUGAAAAGAUAAUUUUAUGUUUUUUGGUGAAGAUUUGGAGUGCAAAAUAAAAAUACUUUUGUAAAUACUAAUAAAAAAAUGUGUUACUCACAUUUUUAUGUACUUAAUGGUCAGAAUUGCUAUGUCAAGAUGAUUAUUAAAUGGUGGUUUCUUGAAGAUAUUAAAUAUUUGUCAGACUGGAAACAAAAGUGGUGUGAUGUAGAUGUAAUUCCAAAGAGGCCACAGAGGCUCUGCUUUUUGCUUUCUCGCAUCCUUUGUGCCAACUGGGCGCGAACUCAACUGACUGGAUCACAGUCGAUACAGAAAACAAAUGAUAAAUGAUUUUAUUGGCUCCCCCUCUUUUUUUCAUCUAGCUAUUAUUGCUGGGAAAAAUGCAAUUUUUGCUCUUCCUACAUACGGUUUAUGGUACCCCUAAUAAUUCAGUUCAUACACCGCAGGCCUGAUGCUGUCACAUAGGUGAUGGUAUGACACAGCCAUAUUAUAUACCUAAAUAUAUAUAUGUUGCCAUCUGCUAUUUUGCUGCAGUUAUCCAAGAAAUGCACUGGUGUAAAUUAAAAUAAAAAUCCAUAUUGAAGAUACGCCAUGAAAAAUCUCCCAAUAGCAAGAAGUGUAGUUAUAUGACAUACAUACUUGCAGAAAAUGAGUGUUUGAAUGACUGCUUUUGUCAUUUUAUUCAUUGUUAAUACACAUAAAGAAAGAGCUCUGCUAUUUUCUACAUUAAUUGUGAGUGUCUGUGCUGAAAGAGCUUAAAUAUCCUAAAGAGCUCCAGUUGUCAGUCUAUCACCCUCUGGAUAAUUAUACAACAAAAAGUCAGAGCAGAUGGUGAGCUAUGUGAUUAUAAGGCAGCCCAGCCCAUAUUAAUGAAAUCCUUGCAGGGAAGCGCAGACAGACACUGUAUUAACUUUAGGCCACAUCUGAUAAGAAAUCCCUGGCUAAUGAAUUUAAUUAAAGCUCUCUCAGAACUCAUGUGGUGCGUCUGCAAGAGAUCUCUGACAGAUACUGAAUGAGGUAUGACAUGAAAGAUGUUCUGACAGUUUCCGUGAUCAUGAGUAGAGGAGGAAAAGAUGUCAAAGAAAGCCAGUGGUUGAAAUUCUACAACAUAUUAAGUCAAAGUAAAACUUCUUUCAGAAUACUAUCUGGUGGCUUUUGUUGUUUUCCAGACACCAUUUUGAGGUUUAGUUUUUGAUCAAAAGUCACCACAGAAUGUUCAGGAAGUGGCUCAUUACAGUCACGUUGACUCUAAGGUUUCUGCAGAUGCACACAAGACUUUAAUAGGUGCUUCUACAAGGUUUCACUAAGUAUGCUGGGCAGACUGUCUCACGGUGCCACUCUUCUUAAAAUGAUCAGGAUAAUCACGGUUCUUCUGUGUGAGUAUAUUUACACCUACUUACCUAAAUUAUUUCUUCAUUUCUAUUUAAUUAUAUCCAUUUAUUUCUCCAAGGUGCAUUGAUAAAUGAGGUUAUAUGCCAGACCAAAGGUGAGAGAAAUUUUAUUUAUCAAAAUGCACAUCUGUGGUAUAUUCUCUGAAGUUAUUUUCCUGCUAUGAUGUCAUAUAGAUAUUUUGCCUGCAAAGAUUCUGGCCCACCAGAAGACUGUUAGCGAGAACAGUGACCUUCAUUUAACCUGCAGCACAUUUGGAAGAAAGAAACAGUCCGUGACUUUUGUGUAUUUAUGGAAGGAUGGACAUGCAAUCAAAAAAAUUACACAAAAGCAAGAUCAGAACGACAUCACUUUCAGCAUAUCCAGAGUUGGUGUUCAUCACAGUGGAAAUUACAGCUGUGUUUGUUCUCCCGAAAAUUACACUCCUUCUGAAAUAGACCAGAGAGGAGACAACAUCAUUGAGAUUCUGGUUAUUGGUAAGUAUUUUCAUUCCUCUGAUAGCAUUAUGUCAGUGUAAUUCCUUACCUUUCAUUUUCUGCUGCUGCUAUGCAGCCAGUUUUUUUCCAGCAGAUAUUUCAGUUGUCGGAUCGUCUACUGUUCACGAAGGAGACCAUGUUGAAUUCCUAUGUAGAGUUUCUGAAAUACUGCAUACACUUGGUGAAUGUCAGCUUAUCCUCUCCCACCUGAGGAAGAAUGACACUGUCCUCCAAUUGCAAGCAUUUAAUGUCACUCGGAUGGAGACGACUUUCUCCAUCAAGGAAGCAGCUUUGAGGGAUUCGGGUCAUUACAGCUGCAUAGUGCUGCCAACUAAAUGCAUUGAAGAGCAGGAAAAUGCACUCUAUGGGAGAAACACAGUAUUUCUUGAGGUCAAAGGUGAGGAUGCUAGUAGCCUAAGGUAAAAAAAAAUAAUAAUGGAAGUUUUAUUUGCAACAGAUAGUGUUUUAAUUUUCAGUAAUACUUUUCCAUCUUCAAAAAAUAACAUUGCUUUUGAAACAUAGUUUAUCAUGUCUGUUUUGCUUUCCAGUUAAUAUGGUCCUCCGAGCGUUUGUCAUAUGUGGAGUGACAAUCCUAAUGAUAUUCCUGAGUCUGUGUGUGUGGAUCUCAGUUAAACAAGGUCAGAUGAAUGAAGUCAAAAACCACUCAAUUCCCAAUUUCAUAUUUUGUAGAAAAGUAGUAAUGGCAAACAAUUCAGAUGUGCACAGCUUCUACUCUGUAAGACUGGUUUAUCUCACCAGUCACAUGCAAUACAUACAUGCUUGGUUUUGCUUUAAUAUUGUUUCUUUCAUGUUUCAGCAGGCCACUCAGUAUCGUGCAAUCCUUGUGUGAUGAGUCAACAGGCAAAUGCAGACAUGUUGGAGGAACAGCAGGAGCAAAUAGAGGAAGUGCAUCUGGAAGCACAGGAUGGAGAGGAUUCUUUCAGCUUAGAGGUGGAAGACGAGUUCCAGCAUAGUGUGACUUCUGAUGGCUCCGCCUACGAUGAUGUCGGUGAGGGAGCAUACAGUCUUCCAGAUGAUUUCCCUGCAAGACCAAAUGCAGCCCACGUGUAUGCUUCAGCCUCCAAAUAUAAAAACCACUAGAUGCAGCUGUCAUCAGAGUUUAAUGACAGUUAAAUGCACAAAUGGAGCACCUGCUUGUGUUGUACCCCUGUUUUCUUCAGUCCAUAAGUCUAGCAGCACAACUAGAGAAAGGCAUGAUCCUUAUGGAGUAUGUUUAAAAAUGUCCUAUAUUUAUUGAUAAGCAAGAAGAACAAGAACAAGAAACAAAGAAAAAGUCUUCUCGUGGGUGUUUUGUCCACCAUUUGGGAGGUGCUCAAACCAAUAAAAUUCAAAUCUUUAGACUAUUUGAUCAGAACAAUGCACGUGCUUAUGUACUAUACAGUUUGCUUCAAAUCAUGAAUAAUGCACUUGUUAAUGCUAUGAUUCUGUUUAUUGAUUUUAUUUUUGCAUCAAAAGGGACAUAUUAGACAUAUUUGUUUUUAUUCUUUCUAUUGUCCAAUUGUAUAAAGCAUUUUGGUUGCAUGUUGCCAUAUUGUAAGUUAAAAUUAUUCAGAUAUUAAUGAAAUUAAACCCCAUUUUUUAUUUUUCAUAGUCUGUAUUUUCUACAGUAGCCAUAAAUGUAUUUGCAUGUAGUAAAUACACCGAUCAGACACAACAUCAUGACCACUGACAAGUAAUGUGAGUCACAUCGAUCAUCUUGUUACAAUGCAACGUUCUGCUGGGAAACCUUGAGUCCUGACAUUCAGGUGGAUAUUUAAGAUGUACCACCCACCUAAACAUUGCAGGCCAAGCAACCCCCCAAACCCCCAAACCCACCAAGCCCCUACCCGCCAUGGCAACAGCAGUCUCUGAUGCCGGUUGCCACCCUCCUCACCAUAAUGCGCCCCGACACACCGAAAAAACUGCUCAGGAGUGACCUGGGGAACAUGACAGAAGUGUUCACCUGGGUUCCACGCUCCCCAGAUCCAAAUCUUUUUGAGCAUUUGAGGGAUGUACCAGGAUAAGCCUGAUCUAGGUAGGUCCCACCUUGCAACAGACCUACAGAAUUCACUGCCACCAUCCCGGUACCACAGGACAUCCCCAGAGGUCCUGUGUCCAUGCCCCACUGGGUCAGAGGAGUUUUAGCAACAUAAAAGGAACCAACACAGUAUUAAGCAAGUGGUCAUAAUGUUCUGCCUGAUUGGUGUAAGUAAUCCAGGGUUGGCAUUUGUAAUUAUUUCUCAGUUACAGAGGAUGUAUCAAAACUGUUUUAAAGUAUCACUGGCUUUUUUUGCAAGUCAGUCACAGAAAAUGCUGUGUUUGUCUCUAAUGUCAGCUUCAUGAGAUGCUCAUUCAAUAAAUGUAUCUGAAUGUGAGACAUGCAAACAUUUCAACUGUAUAAUAUGUAAAUAGAGACGUGUGUGUGUAUGUGUGUGUGUGUGUGUGUGUGUGUGUGUGUGUUUGUGUGUCUAAUUACAAAGGUACAGUAGCUUCCAGCAUCCACUAAUAACUAACCCUUGUGAAAGUUCAGCCGAGGACUUCAACAAUGUCAGCAGCACUGACUACAUAAUGACUCCUUCAGCUGAUGAUCUGUCAAUCAAGUGGAGCAUUCAACAUAAAUCUGUCACUGCUGCUUUCCUCCUCUGUCUCGCUGCAGCUGCUCUGCUGUUUGAAAUACAGCUGGGGAGUUGAUGAAAAAAAUGAAGUCAGAUAGUUUGUUAUCAAAAAAUAUGGGAAAUCAGUUUAAAUUGCAGUCGGCUGCAGUGUCAUUUCUGAAUAGUUCUCAGCAGAGGACUGUAAAUAUUCAUCUUUAAUACACAGUGACUAUGACUGUGUGUUAAGUGUUCUGUUUGCAUUCAAAUAUAUGUUUUGCAUUCUUAACACCUAUGAGACCACCUCAUAAUUUAGAGAAUUGCCUAUAUUCAGCUUAGAAAUGUAAUAAAAUUGAAUAACUGAAUGCAAAGAAUAAUGUUUAAUGUAAGUAGUAACUGUUAGUCUAUUGUCAUUGUUUCACACCUUCAGUAAAAUCUUGCCUAACCAACCAGAAAAAUCAAACAAAUUCUUUUAAUGCUUCCUAUCUGUGAUAUGCAGUCCAGAUUUAAUUCUCCUGUUGCAUCACAAGGGGGACCUACAGCAUGUGGACACAAAUCCCUUUUAUGGUUGUAUUUUUCCUCUAUGUCGGUGGGAGCACAGGCAGUGAUAUGUUUCCAGCGCCAUUUGUUUGUCUCUUUACCCUCUUGUCUGCCUGCAACAUUAUGCAAAAAAAUGCAAAGCCGAAUUCCAUGAAACCUGGUAGACAGGAGUACCACGGGUAAAGGGGGAGCUCAUUUAAUUUUGGUGCGGAUCCAUAUCACUGCCUUUAAAAUGACAAACUAGGGAGCUGACAUUAGCCUUUAGAGGACUGUAUUCUCUGUGUUUUUUGAGUUGUUAAAUUUAUUGAAAUUAUGCUAUGAAAGUUGUCUUUUAUUUUUAACACAAUAUAAUAAGAAACUGUUCAGUAUCAUUUAAAUACCCCCAGAAAUAAAAUUUAAUAGAGGACAAGG